GCCGUUUGGAUCAGAACCAGCGCGUGCUCGGGGCCAUAUCCGACGCCUCGGACGCAUUGCGCGAACGCGCGCUAGGGACAGCGACCGGGCGAGCUUUAUAAGGCCUUCGGACGCUAACCGUCUCCUGCGCGCGCUCGCGUUCUGGAGACUGACGGACUCGCGACGAUGCCUUCGCUCUCUCGGGUACUAGUCGGCUUUGGCCUCUUCGUCUCCGCGUCCUCCCUCGUCGUCGCCUCUUCCGUCCUGGAUGACCGCGCGCACGAACACUGGGGCAUCCCGCGCAACGCCCACUUUCCUUUGCACGCCCGGGGGACGAACAAGGAUGGCUCGAUGCCGACGUACAAGAACCCGAACGCGGCGAUCGAGGACCGAAUCGCGGAUCUGCUUCCCCGCAUGACGAUUGAAGAGAAGGUCGCCCAGCUGAUUCAGGGAGACAUCGGCGGCUGGAUGAACAUGACCGACCCGCUCGACGACACCCUCGUCUUCAACGCGACCGGCCUCGUCGACUCGCUCGCCACCAAGGCGGGCAGCAUCUGGGCCGGCUACCUCACUCCAUGGAACAAGCUCGUCUUCGCCAUCCAGACCGCGCAAGACUACCUCAUGCACAACACCACGCUCGGCAUCCCCGCCCUCGUCGACUCGGAGGGCCUGCACGGCUUUACCGACAACGGCACGACUUGGCCCUCGCCCCUCGGUCUCGCCGCCUCCUGGAACACCGAUCUCCUACAAAAAGCGGCCGCGAGCAUCUCGGACGAGGCGGAGGGGCUCGGGAUCACCCACAUCUUCGCGCCAGUGCUCGACCUCUCGCGCGAGCUCCGGUGGGGACGCGUCGAGGAGAACUACGGCGAGGACCCGUUCCUGACGGGCGAGAUGGGCCACGCGUAUGUGUCCGGGAUCCAGUCCGGCACCCGCCGCAACGUCUCGCACACCGCGACGGCGCGCAUGGCCGCGACCUGCAAGCACUUUGCCGCGUUCGGCUCCCCGGAGGGCGGUCUGAACAUCGCGCCCGUGCACGGUGGCGAGCGCGAGCUGCGGACGAUGUACCUCCCGCCUUUCAAGCGCGCGUGUGUCGACGCACUGACGAUCAUGACUGCUUACUCGUCCUACGACGGCAUACCCGCCAUCGCCAACUCGCACCUGCAGGUCGACAUCCUACGGAACGAAUGGGGAUACAAGCACUACGUCACCGCUGACGCGGGCUCGGUCGACAUGCUCUACGACCUCCACUUCGUCGCCCCCGACCGCGCGACGUCGGCCAAGAUCGUCGUCGAGAAUAUCUCGGGCGAGAUGGGCGGCGGCACGUACACCUUCCUCACCCUGCCCGACUCGGUUCGGAACGGCACCGUCGACGUCAAGUACGUGGACGACACCGUCGCGACCAUCCUGCGCAUCAAAUUCAUGAUGGGCCUCUUCGAAAAUCCGUAUCCGUACGCGGACUACAACGCGACGCUCCGCACGUCCGCGACGCGCGCGCUCCUGCACCAGAUGGAGCGAGAGCAGAUCGUCCUGCUCGAGAACCGGAACGGCACCCUGCCCCUCUCCAAGACCUCGCCCCUCCGGCUCGCGCUCAUCGGCCCCCAGGCCGACCGCGUCUCCUUCGGCGACUACGUCUUCUUCAACGCCUCCCACAACGGCAUCUCGCCCCUCGCCGGCCUGCGGCGGCUCCUCGCGAACGACAGCUCCGUCGAGCUCGCCUACGCCGAGGGCUGCGAGCUGUGGUCGGACGACCGCGGCGGGUUCGCGGACGCGGUGGACGCGGCGCGAGGCGCGGACGUCGCGGUGGUCGUGGUCGGGACGUGGUCGCUCGACCAGACGCUGCUCUGGACGCCGGGCACGAACGCGACGACGGGCGAGCACGUCGAUCUGAGCGAUCUCGGCUUGGUCGGCGCGCAGCGCGCGCUCGUGCAGGCCGUCAAGGGCACGGGCAAGCCGACGGUGGUCGUGUUCGUCAGCGGUAAACCGCUCGCCGAGCCGUGGAUACAGGAGAACGCCGACGCGGUCGUGCAGCAGUUUUACCCGGGCGAGCUCGGCGGGCUCGCGCUCGCCGAGGUGCUCUUCGGGGACGCGAACCCGUCCGGAAAGCUGCCCGUCUCGUUCCCGCGCGACGUCGGCACGACGCCGAUCUUCUACAACUACCUCAAGGCCGCGCGCCCGCUCGACCCGGGCCGGAUCACGGACAACGGGACGCUGGCGUUCGGGCACCAGUACGUGCUCGACAGCCCCGCGCCGCUGUGGGGGUUCGGACACGGGCUGAGCUACACGACGUUCAACUACACGGGGCUGACGUUGUCGAAGUCGACGAUCGGCACGAACGAGGACUUUGACGUCACCGUCACCGUGCACAACACGGGCAAGGUGGACGGGAAGGAGGUCGUCCAGGUGUACAUGACGGACGUGAUCAGCUCCACGGUGACGCCCGUGCAGCAGCUCGUCGGGUUCGCCAAGGUGGACGUCAAGGCCGGAGGCUCGGAGACGGUCCGUAUUCCCGUCAAGUCGGAGCAGCUCGCGGUCUGGACCGUGAACAACAAGUGGGCGGUGGAACCCGGCGCGUUCAUAAUCAAAGUCGGCAACGCGCUCGAGACGUUCGCGAACGCGACUCUAAUCGUAGCGUGAUCGCGCCAGCCCACGAAAGAAAAGAAAAAAAGUGUUUUUUAACACGGUGUAUAUUGAUAUAUUGCGAUGACGUGUGGGAAUAAAUAGAGAGCUAAUGCGAUAGCG